AUGACCGGGUCUACACUUACACCACCCGCUGCCAAUGGCGUUACUAACGGUAUCGCCAAGAGCCACACCAUUGAGAACGUGGAUGGCUAUAAUGCCAACAUCUUCCCUGGCAAGAAUGAACAAAUGGUGCAAGUCUGCCAAUAUUUGGAGAAGUCUGGUUUUAUUCCUCAAGAGCUUGUGCAAAAUGAAGUGUCAUGGUUCUAUGGCAACCUUGGUAUCGAUGAUUUCUACUUUUCCUUGGAGUCCGUGGAGACCAUUGCCAACCAUAUCAUGUCCUUGUAUGGCGCCAAGAUCCUUGCCUAUACCAAGCACGAGAACGUCCUUGCCGUCAACUUGGAGAAGGAAUCCGAGGACUCAUCGGUCUACAUUCACUCAUCCGAACCCGGUGUCUCUCAAUUGCAAGGUCCUCAAUUUGAAAAGAGAAUUGAUGAGCAAUACUUGGAUCAAUCAAGCCCUUCUCAAGCCUAUCGUGUUGAGUCUUUCCGCUCCAAUCCCACUGCUGGUACCACCAUGACUCCCAAGUUGCGUUGCUACUUUGUGACCAAGUGCCAAUUCGUCAACCCCAAUCCCACUCCCGAACAAGAGACCGAUAUCACUCAAGUUGCCGAUCAGAACUUUUUGAAGAAGGCCACUGAUUUCACUCUCAAGAUCUAUGAGGAUGUCAUGCGUAACGUCUUGCAACGUACUGGUCCUGUCAUUGAAAUGUAUGAAGUCAAGGGUACCCGUGAACGUCGCUUGGUUAUCGGCUAUCGUCAAGGAAGUGCUCAAGGCUUCUUCUCUGCCAUGUCGGAUUUGUAUCACUACUAUGACUUGUAUUCGACUCGCAAGUAUAUCGAGCAAUUCUCCAAUGGUGUCACAAUCAUGGGCUUGUACCUGAAUCCUGUACCCAACACCAAGGCCAUCCCUAUCGAGCACUCCAUUUACCAAGUCAUGAAGGAAACCUCUUUGCUUUACUGCUUGCCAACCACUCCUUUGCAAGAAUUCUUCAAGACCAACAAGUUGUCCGUUCAAGAAACUGUCUAUGGCUAUGUGUGCUGGAUCUUUGCCCAACACUUUUUGAAUCGUCUUGGCAAGGAGUAUCUCAGCCUCACCACCUUGUUGGAUAAAUCCAAUCCCAUGCACGAAGAAGUUUUGACCACUAUGAAGAAGCGUCUUCGUCAAGAUACCUUUACUCGCGAGUACAUCCUCGACAUCAUCAAGCGAUACCCUGAUCUUAUCAAGUUGCUCUAUGCCAACUUCGCCAGCGUGCACUAUGUCAAUCAACGUGAAGCUUCCAUCAACCCUACCAUCUCAUACCAACGUUUGCGCACUGUUGAGAUUUUGAGCCCUGAGGAACUUACCAAGAAGAUCAAGACCACCACUUCCAAUGCCCAUGAACAAAUGGUGUUUGAAUCUUUCUUGUUGUUCAACAAGCAUGUCCUCAAGACCAACUUUUAUCAAACUACCAAGGUCGCUCUUUCUUUCCGCCUUGAUCCCAGCUUCCUUCCUGAAAUCGAAUAUCCCACCAAGUUGUAUGGCAUGUUUUUGGUUGUUGGUUCUGAAUUCCGUGGUUUCCAUUUGCGCUUCCGUGAUGUUGCACGUGGUGGUAUCCGUAUCAUUCGCUCUCGUAAUCGCGAAGCCUAUUCGAUCAAUCAACGCACUUUGUUUGAUGAGAACUAUGCAUUGGCCAACACUCAACAACGCAAGAACAAGGAUAUCCCCGAAGGUGGUUCCAAGGGUACUAUUCUUCUCGACAUUUAUCAACAAGACAAGGCAGCUGUUGCAUUCCAAAAAUACGUCGACUCUAUUUUGGAUUUAUUGAUUGUGGGCGAGACUAUGGGUAUCAAGGAACCCCUUGUCGACUUGACCGGCAAGCCUGAAAUCUUGUUCUUUGGUCCUGACGAAGGUACAGCUGACUAUAUGGAUUGGGCUUCUCAACAUGCUCGUAAGCGCAAUGCCAGCUUCUGGAAGGCCUUCACUACUGGCAAGAGCCAAUCCCUUGGUGGUAUCCCUCACGACACUUAUGGUAUGACCACAAGAUCCGUACAUCAAUAUGUCCUUGGUAUCUACCGCCAACUUGGUUUGAAUGAGGAGGAUUGCACAAAGUUGCAAACUGGUGGUCCUGAUGGUGAUUUGGGUUCAAAUGAAAUCAAGAUUUCCAAGGACAAGACCGUUGCUAUUGUUGAUGGAUCGGGUGUGUUGCAUGAUCCUCAAGGUAUCGAUCGUGAGGAGCUCUCUCGUUUGGCCAAUGCACGUCUUAUGAUCAACAACUUUGAUAUCUCCAAGUUGUCUGCCAAUGGUUUCCGUGUCUUGGUUGAUGAGACCAAUGUUACUCUUCCUGAUGGCACUGUUGUCGAUAAUGGCUUACAAUUCCGCAACACCUUCCACACCAACGGCCUUGCUUCAGCCACUGUCUUUGUUCCUUGUGGUGGUCGCCCCGAGUCCGUCGACCUUGGCAACGUCAACAAGUUGAUUGAUUGUGGUGGUGCUCCUAUGUUCAAGUACAUUGUUGAAGGUGCCAACUUGUUCUUUACACAAGAAGCUCGUUUACGUCUUGAGCGUGCUGGUGUGGUGGUAUUCAAGGAUGCAUCAGCUAACAAGGGUGGUGUAACAUCAUCUUCCCUCGAGGUGUUGGCUGCCUUGGCUUUCAACGACAGCGAAUUCACUGAGCACAUGUGUGUCAAGGAUGGCCAAGUACCUGCAUUCUACCAAGACUAUGUCAAGGAAGUCCAGGAGAUCAUUGAACGUAAUGCUGCCACUGAAUUUGAAGCCUUAUGGCGUGAACACAAGAAGUCUGGUGUCCCAAUUUCCAUUCUUUCGGAUGAUCUUUCUACCGCCAUUGUUCAGCUCAACGAGCAACUCCAAAACACUGGUCUUUGGGAAAAUGUCAACUUGCGUCACCAAGUCCUUCGCUCAGCAUUCCCCAAGCUUCUCCUUGAUAAGCUUGGUUUGGAUACUCUUUUGGCUCGCGUCCCUGAGAGCUACGUCAAGGCUAUCUUUGGUGCUUCUCUCGCUUCUCAAUUUGUAUACAAGUAUGGUCCUCAUCCUGAUCACUUUGCCUUCUUUGAGUUCAUGCGCGAGAACUACUACAGCCAGGACCAACAAUAG